AUGGCCCCAGACACAGACACAGCCGUCGGGCCCACAAACAAGGCCAAUAUCGAGCGCAUCGAAAAUGUCGGCCGUGUCGACACUCUGCGCUCCGUCCUCUGGAUCACCGUCACGUGCUCAGAGUCCGCUCUGUGGGCCGCUUCUUCCUCUUCUUCCCACAUACUCCGGCCCACGACCACAACCCGCCACGAGAACAUCUAUACCGUCCCCAACUUUCUGACGGUCGCCCGCCUCAUUGCCGCGCCCUUUGUCGGCUACCUGAUCGUCGCCGACCAGCCUGGCUGGGCCCUCUCGCUGCUGGCCGCCGCUGCCGUCACCGACAUUCUGGAUGGCUGGAUCGCCCGCCGCUGGAACCUGCACACCGUCGUCGGCAGCGUGAUCGACCCCAUGGCCGACAAAGUGCUCAUGACCGUGCUGGCCGUGAGCUUAGCCGCGCAGGGCGGGCUGCCCGUGUGGCUGGCCGUGCUCGUCCUGGGCCGCGACGCGGGGCUGGGCGUGGCCGCCAUCUACUACCGCUGGGUGUCGCUGCCGCCACCCAAGACGUUUUCGCGGUACUGGGACUUCUCGCUGCCGUCGGCCGAGGUGCGGCCGACAACCAUUAGCAAGUACAACACGUUCUUGCAGCUGGCGCUGAUGGGGGUGACCACGGCAGCGCCCGUUCUGGCGGCGAGCACGGGCACGGUGGCGGCGAUGCUGGGCGGACCGUACGACCUGACGGCCGCGCUGACUGUGAUGCAGUACAUUGUGGCAGUGACGACGGUGUGGAGCGGCGCGAGCUACGUGUACAGCAAGGACGCCGUCAAGAUCUUGACGCAAAAGGCCAAGUCGCCAUGA